AAGCUAGAGCUGAUAUCAUUCCUUCUUCCCUCCCUUUAUAUAUCUUCCCUCCUCCUUCAUUCUUCUUCCUCCAACACAAUCCUCUCAUCAUCAACAGAUAGAAGAAGAAAGCUUCAGUUCGAAACCCUCAUCCCACAAAAAUGAAGGCAUCAUAUCUCCAUCAGGGACAAGUUACGGGGUUCCCAAUCACCUCAUCAUCAGCAUCAACUGCUGCAAGAAUGGCCCCGAGGCCCUUACUGCUGCUCGAAGAUGUGCCUAACCGCUACAUGCCUACUCCAGCUCACCAAUCUCUCAUGCUCAAACAAAACAGAUCAGAUUCCAUGCUCAAAAGGAUGAAUAAGCUGGGGAAGAAGGCUGACAAAUUCGCACACGGAAUCCGCGAACAUGUGAAACUUGGGAACAAGAUCAGCGAGACCUUGAAAGGAAAGUUAACUUUGGGGGCGCGGAUUCUGCAAGUAGGCGGUGUGAAGAAAGUGUUCAGGCAGUUCUUCAGUGUGAGUGAAGGGGAGAGGCUGCUGAAGGCAUGCCAGUGCUAUUUGUCAACUACAUCAGGUCCAAUUGCUGGACUCCUCUUCAUUUCAACUCACAAGCUUGCGUUCUGCAGCGAGAGAUCGAUUCAGCUGUCAUCACCCGAGGGCAAAUCGAUCCGGGUUCACUACAAGGUUGUGAUCCCACUUGAGAUGAUACAAGGUGCCAACCAGAGUGAGAACACAAAGAAGCCCUCGCAGAAGUAUAUGGAAAUAGUGACCAUGGACGGAUUCGAUUUCUGGUUCAUGGGUUUCUUGAAUUACAAGAAAGCUUUCAAGUAUGUUGAGCAGGCUGUUUCCAGCUGUAGGAUGACUACCACUGCAUCAACAUGAUUUUGCCAGUUGCUGAAGGUAUAUACAGCAAGUAGCAGUCUUGGUCUCAUGUUGAUAUGUAAUGAAGAGGACAUAACUAGAAAUGGCUGCUGCAACUGCCAACUGAAAUCUAAUUAGUAAGUGAGGGGAUUAGAGCCCACAAAAUGUAAAGAGAGUUUAAGCUGUAAAUUAGAUUAACAUUCCUUACGCAAGGAUAUUGAUUGAAUUUAGUUAACACGGUUUGAUUUGAACGGCAUCUUCUGAAUCCUUGAGACACUGCCAAUUCCUGAACAGGAAAUCUUAACGUCUACUUCCAUCGACAUUCAACUUGACCAACCAACUUGGGGUUUAUUCCAACUUCCAAGGUUAGUUCAUUCAACACAAAAGGUGUUAUUUUGCAGUCACAUUUUGCAGAACAAGAGCAAGUCCAAUUUGUUUCACACAUGCCAAAAGCCCAAGCCAAAACCAUCACUUGCAAGUGAAACCCAAUUGCAGUAGGUGGUUGUGGCAUGAACUUGGAAAAGGUAAACAUCACACAGCAGAAGUACAGGACACCAACACCAAACCUAUACAGCGAGUAUGCCUUGAAGAUGCGCACAGCUGGUUACUUGUCAAUGCAUCACGAUCCCCAGAGAAACUCCAGCCCACAUACCGCUGGAAGGAAAGGAAUAGCACCAAAGAUGGAUCUCACAUAAUUUAUCUUCCCC